AUGACAAAGGUGAAAAAAAAAAAAAGAAAUAAAGACGAAUUGGGUCUCAAACGCGUCACUCACGAAAUGCCGCAAAAACUCACAUCUCCGCGUGUGCAUUCGUGUAACGCGUGCAAAUGCGCAUGUAGAACAGAUUGACGCAGGAUCCACGCCCGCGCGGGUACAGUGUUACACAAGAACGAGUUAAGAUAAAGGGAAGGGAGAAGCAAACGUGUGUGGAGGUAUAUACGUCCAUAUAUGUUCAUAUACAUCCAUAUAUGUUCAUAUACGUCCAUAUAUGUUCAUAUACGUCCAUAUAUGUUCAUAUACAUCCAUAUAUGUUCAUAUACGUCCAUAUAUCUUCAUGUACGUCCAUAUAUCUUCAUGUACGUCCAUAUUGCAUCCCCCCGUGCACACUGUAAGACAUACGAGGAAGCACAUAAAAUGAACAACGCCGCAAGUACAAAUGAAAAAAUAUCUGGUGCUACUCUGUUUGCUCAUUUUUUCCGCUGGCCGUUUAUCGGUCAAGGCGAUACGAAAAAAGGAUUUAAGGAGGAACUUAAAAGGAGGGAACCGAAAUAAUGAAGAUCGCCAGAAGAGGAAGAACCUACUCAACUUUGAAAUUAUGCGAGACAAAAGCAGCGUGUCAAACAUAGAACUAAAUUCAUCCACGCUUUUUAACAUACUAGCAUCAACGAGGUUAAUGCAAAAUUCAGGGGGAGCCGCCUCACAAACCCCAAUUUACAGAUACGUACACAACAUUCACGACCACAAUGAAAACAAUGGCGCUGUCUUAGUUUUCAUUCUCUUUGGCAUAUUAAUUUUUGCGGUUUUGUUUUUUAUCUUUUAUUUCAUUUUCAGACAUCAUGUAAAGCAUAUAAAAUUUAUGAACAGCACGUGAUGGUUUUUUCGCUAGCUGGUAUUUUUUUUUUUUUUUUUUUUUUUUUCUUCCUUUUUAAUUUAUAAUUAGCUAGCCAGUUAUCCGUUUUUAAGGUUUGUCAUCCUGCGCAGGUGUGUGCAAAAGUGAAAAAACACACAUGUGUGUAGGUUCAUGUGGAUACAUACGCCUCGUCCACUGACCUGCCCCCAUGGUACCACCAUACCAUUUCCUCUGCUUAACUGCAAAAUAGCAAUAGCUAUUGUUCGAGGGGCACAAAAUUAGUUUCACGGGAACGUGUAUGCUUACACAAAUUGCAUAUAAGUAAAACUACCGACAAAAACACAGGAAUUAAGAAGAACAAUAAAAAAAGAAACCCUUUUGGGUUUGUUAUUACGUGUGUGAUUGCUAAAUUUUGAAAUCCCCUCCGUCUCAACAGAGGUUUGAAAAAUUCCCUUUUUUUUUUAACACGUAAAUGUGUUUCCACUUUAUGAGUACACAUGGUCUACACAUAUGGUCGAAGAAUGCUAGUGACCGUCCUGUGGGGCUUCUAUACACACCAGAAUAUCCUCUCCAACGGUGUUGCUACAGAGCGUCAAUCUCAAUUUUGUGCUACACAUGUGUAAGCUGCGCCUCCCCUCCAGCAGUGCAUCUUCUGUGUGCUCAAAAUUUAAGGAAAAACACCCCACUCUUGAUGUCACCAUUAUUUUUUC